ACUGUGAGCCACACACUCUGUCAAGGCCUGCACUAGCGAGUUUACUUCAUUUUUCAUGGCCGUAGCUUCUUCAGCUCUAUCUCUUCCCCUUCCACCACCUUCAACAACCAAUCCUUCUCACCACCACAUUCGUUCCUCUUCAACAAUUUCUCACCCCAAUCCCAAACCUCAAACACCCACAAUCCGUUCCCGGCUCAGCCGUAUUUGUCAGGAAGGUCAACCCCAUCUCGCCCGCCAAUUGUUCGAGACAAUUCCUCGCCCAACGACAGUCCUCUGGAACGCCAUUAUCAUCGGUUUCAUCUGCAAUAACAUGCCGCAUGAGGCGCUUCUCUUCUACGCCCAGAUGAAGAAAUCGUCUCCUGAUACCAAAUGCGACGCCUACACCUACUCUUCCACCCUCAAAGCCUGCGCUGAGACUCGGGACUUGAGGUUGGGUAAAGCAGUGCAUUGCCAUUUUCUUCGGUGUUUAUCGAACCCCAGUAAAAUUGUGUAUAAUUCUCUUUUGAACAUGUAUGCUACCUGUUUGAACUCGCAGGAUAUUGAAAUGGGUUAUUCCAUGGGUUCUGAGUAUUCCAAGAAUGAUUUAGUACGUAAGGUGUUUAAUAGCAUGCGUAGUAGAAAUGUGAUUGCUUGGAAUACUAUGAUUUCGUGGUAUGUAAAGACGGAGAGGUAUAUGGAGGCAAUACGGCAGUUCAGGAUGAUGAUGAAAAUGGGGAUAAGACCGAGUCCUGUUAGUUUUGUAAAUGUUUUUCCAGCCUUAUCAAGGUUAGCAGACUAUAAGAAUGCUAAUGCUCUUUAUGGGUUGCUUCUGAAAUUGGGGCCUGAACAUGUAAAUAACUUGUUUGUCGUGAGUGCAGCCAUAUUUAUGUAUUCUGAGCUUGGUUUCCUUGAUUUUGCUAGAAAAGUUUUUAACUCCUGCUUGGAGAGAAAUACUGAGGUGUGGAAUACUAUGCUAAGUGGGUAUGUUCAGAAGAGCCACCCUGUUGAGGUUAUAGAGCUUUUUCUUCAGGCUAUAGAAUCAGAACAGACUGUUCUUGAUGAUGUAACUUUUCUCUCUGUUCUAAAUGCAAUUUCACAGUUGCAGCAGUUGGAUUUGGCUCGGCAGUUUCAUGCGUACAUCGUUAAGAAUUUAGAAGUAGUACCUGUAAUCAUACUAAAUGCAAUUAUUGUCAUGUACUCAAGGUGCAAUUCAAUCCAUACAUCGUUUAAAGUUUUCGAUAAAAUGGCCGAAAGAGAUGUCGUUUCUUGGAAUACUAUUAGUUCUGCUUUUGUGCAGAAUGGAUUAGAUGAUGAAGGACUGUUGCUGGUAUAUGAGAUGCAGAAGCAAGGUUUUGUGCUUGAUUCUGUGACAGUGACUGCUUUACUUUCUGCAGCAUCAAAUCUUAGGAACAUUGAGAUUGGAAAGCAGACCCAUGCUUUCCUUAUUAGGCAUUUCAUUCAUUUUGAUGGCAUGGAUGUUUAUCUUAUUGACAUGUAUGCAAAGUCAGGUUUGAUUAGGACGUCACAGCGACUGUUUGAAACAAACUGUUCAAAUAGUAAAGAUCAAGCCACCUGGAAUGCAAUUCUUGCUGGAUGCACUCAGAACGGGCUGAUUGAUGAAGCCUUUGCUUUGUUUAGACAGAUGGUGGAGCAAAAGGUGAUUCCAAAUGCUGUGACAAUGGCAUCUGUUCUCCCAGCAUGCUGUGCAAUAGGUAGUAUAGAUUUGGGAAAGCAACUGCAUGGGUUUUCCAUUCGUAAUUCACUGGAUCAAAAUGUGUUCGUGGCAACUGCCCUAGUUGACAUGUAUUCCAAAUCGGGUGCAAUUCAUUAUUCUGAGAUGGUGUUCGUUAACACACAUGAGAAAAAUUCUGUCACAUACACCACAAUGGUAUUGGGUUAUGGUCAGCAUGGGAUGGGGAAGAAAGCUCUGUCUUUAUUUUAUUCAAUGCCAGGAUCUGGCAUCACGCCUGAUUCUAUUACAUUGGUUGCAAUCUUGUCAGCUUGCAAUUAUUCUGGUCUGGUUGAUGAAGGUCUGCAAAUAUUCAAUUCAAUGGAGAGUGAUUAUGAAAUUCAGCCCUCAGACGAGCACUACUGUUGUGUUGCAGACAUGUUAGGGAGAGCGGGGAGGGUUGCUGAAGCUUAUGAGUUUGUUAAAGAAUUGGGAGAGAAGGGUAAUAUCUCAGAAAUUUGGGGUUCACUUCUCGGGGCUUGUAGACUUCAUGGGCAAUUUGAAUUAGGAGAAACAAUUGCAAAAAGGUUGAUUGAAAUGGAUAGGGGAAACAACAUUACAGGUUAUCAUGUUUUGCUAUCAAAUAUGCACGCAGAGGAAGGAAACUGGAAAACUGUUGAUAGACUGAGGAAAGAGAUGAGGGAAAAGGGUUUAAGAAAGGAGGUUGGAUGUAGUUGGAUUGAAAUAGCGGGUUGUGUCAACUGUUUCGUGUCUAAGGAUGAAGAACAUCCUCAAUUUGGAAAAAUAAAUACAGUCCUGGAAGGAUUGGCCUUGGAGAUGAAAUAUUCUUUAUCUGCAUCCUGCUCAAGUUCAGGUCUAGAUAUUGGGAUCGCUAAUUUUGAUGAAUGAAGACAAAUAUAUCUUAUAGAUUUUUUGGUAUUUGGAAAAAUUAGCUAAUUAAUUAGAUUUCCGGAACUUUUUUUUUUAUUUGCUUAAGGGUCUUAGCCCUCGUGAAAUUGGAUAAAGAAUGUAUGGGCUCACCCACUGGAACUCCUAAAGUGGAGAGAAGAUCAUCAGAGCUAAAGGCUUUCGGCAGAUUUGGAGAACUUGGAAACUGCUUGAUACACCAUAUCUUGGCUGAUAACUGGCAAAUACUUUGUCUCCUACGCAGAUGGUAUGAAUUGGACUUAACAGCCAAAAUUUGACAUUUCGGGUUGCAGGUUGGCUGGUUUGAUGUCUCAAGAGAUCAAUAAUUUGUUUCAAGUGUUACUGUUUUGUUGGUGUCAAGCUUGGGCAAUGAGACUACAGUGAAGCAGUCAGACUGGCUAACCCAAAAGUGCUAUUUCCUUCAGCCUCGUUAAAAGAAAUCUCGAAGUAUACACGUGCUGGAGUACUUAUGGUGCCUACUUGCCAUGAAUUUGGACUCUUAUUCUCUGGGGAUUUUACUGUGGCAACAAGUGAUAUGUAGUUAAAUGUAUCCAACGCCAAUAUAUGGGAGGAAGAGAGUGAGAAAUCGUAUGGUUCUAUUCCACCCAAUCAAGGUCUAAAGGAGGCAAAGAAGAAGAACCAAUUAAAGAACAAUGUUGUUGCUCUCUGUUUCAAGAAAGUUGAGAGAAGCUUGUUGUAGAUUCUUCAAGUCUCCGCAAGUAGAAUAUAUGGAUCUCUCUUACUGGCUCAUCGCACAGGAACACUUCAGACGAGGGUGGUCAACUGAUUUUAUAAUCUUCAAGUCAAUGUUGUCCAUCUUCAAGUUGAUAACAGAUCCUACUCGUAGAUGGGAGGGUUGUUUUUAGAAUCCUCCAGUAAGGGUAUAAUAUGGCUCCAUAAACAUGUUCACCAUAUUUCAAAGUAAAAUUUUCAUAUA